AUGAUAUGGGUAUUGAGUGAGUGUCAUAAAAAUACAUUUCAUGCAAGCAGAAUAUAUCAGCAGCGUUAUCCAGAACGUCGUCAGCCUAUAAAUCUUAAUGAAAGAGGUAAUGUGGAUUAUGAAAAACACUAUCGAACUGCUACAGUACUGACUGAAGAAAAUGAAAUUUUGUUAGCGACCAGUAUUAUUGAAAAUCCUUAUACAAAAAUAUCAAAGAAAUAUCAAAGAAAUAUCAAAGAAAUAUCAAAGAAAUAUCAAAGAAAUAUCAAAGAAAUAUCAAAGAAAUAUCAAAGAAAUAUCAAAGAAAUAUCAAAGAAAUAUCAAAGAAAUAUCAAAGAAAUAUCAAAGAAAUAUCAAAGAAAUAUCAAAGAAAUAUCAAAGAAAUAUCAAAGAAAUAUCAAAGAAAUAUCAAAGAAAUAUCAAAGAAAUAUCAAGAAAUAUCAAAGAAAUAUCAAAGAAAUAUCAAAGAAAUAUCAAAGAAAUAUCAAAGAAAUAUCAAAGAAAUAUCAAAGAAAUAUCAAAGAAAUAUCAAAGAAAUAUCAAAGAAAUAUCAAAGAAAUAUCAAAGAAAUAUCAAAGAAAUAUCAAAGAAAUAUCAAAGAAAUAUCAAAGAAAUAUCAAAGAAAUAUCAAAGAAAUAUCAAAGAAAUAUCAAAGAAAUAUCAAAGAAAUAUCAAAGAAAUAUCAAAGAAAUAUCAAAGAAAUAUCAAAGAAAUAUCAAAGAAAUAUCAAAGAAAUAUCAAAGAAAUAUCAAAGAAAUAUCAAAGAAAUAUCAAAGAAAUAUCAAAGAAAUAUCAAAGAAAUAUCAAAGAAAUAUCAAAGAAAUAUCAAAGAAAUAUCAAAGAAAUAUCAAAGAAAUAUCAAAGAAAUAUCAAAGAAAUAUCAAAGAAAUAUCAAAGAAAUAUCAAAGAAAUAUCAAAGAAAUAUCAAAGAAAUAUCAAAGAAAUAUCAAAGAAAUAUCAAAGAAAUAUCAAAGAAAUAUCAAAGAAAUAUCAAAGAAAUAUCAAAGAAAUAUCAAAGAAAUAUCAAAGAAAUAUCAAAGAAAUAUCAAAGAAAUAUCAAAGAAAUAUCAAAGAAAUAUCAAAGAAAUAUCAAAGAAAUAUCAAAGAAAUAUCAAAGAAAUAUCAAAGAAAUAUCAAAGAAAUAUCAAAGAAAUAUCAAAGAAAUAUCAAAGAAAUAUCAAAGAAAUAUCAAAGAAAUAUCAAAGAAAUAUCAAAGAAAUAUCAAAGAAAUAUCAAAGAAAUAUCAAAGAAAUAUCAAAGAAAUAUCAAAGAAAUAUCAAAGAAAUAUCAAAGAAAUAUCAAAGAAAUAUCAAAGAAAUAUCAAAGAAAUAUCAAAAAAAUAUCAAAGAAAUAUCAAAGAAAUAUCAAAGAAAUAUCAAAGAAAUAUCAAAGAAAUAUCAAAGAAAUGUCAAAGAAAUAUCAAAGAAAUAUCAAAGAAAUAUUAAAGAAAUAUCAAAGAAAUAUCAAAGAAAUAUCAAAGAAAUAUCAAAGAAAUAUCAAAGAAAUAUCAAAGAAAUAUCAAAGAAAUAUCAAAGAAAUAUCAAAGAAAUAUCAAAGAAAUAUCAAAGAAAUAUCAAAGAAAUAUCAAAGAAAUAUCAAAGAAAUAUCAAAGAAAUAUCAAAGAAAUAUCAAAGAAAUAUCAAAGAAAUAUCAAAGAAAUAUCAAAGAAAUAUCAAAGAAAUAUCAAAGAAAUAUCAAAGAAAUAUCAAAGAAAUAUCAAAGAAAUAUCAAAGAAAUAUCAAAGAAAUAUCAAAGAAAUAUCAAAGAAAUAUCAAAGAAAUAUCAAAGAAAUAUCAAAGAAAUAUCAAAGAAAUAUCAAAGAAAUAUCAAAGAAAUAUCAAAGAAAUAUCAAAGAAAUAUCAAAGAAAUAUCAAAGAAAUAUUAAAGAAAUAUUAA